UUAACGCUUGUUGUAGUUGGCCCAUGUUUGCCCUUUAAGCUAGCUACUAGCAGUUAGUUGUUGCUGUCAGAAGCAUUAGAUUCAGGCCUACAACCAGUUGGCACUUUGGGGACAAAUAAAGAUCUACACCUUCAACUUUAGUUGCAUUAGUUGGGUCAACAAAGCAAUACUAGGUGCUGUGUCUUGCUCCAGAGAAGCCAUGAUAGGGCACAGGGUACCCUUCGCAUCAAUUGCCUUCGCUACAGUGCUUGGAGUUGGUGGUGGAGUCUACAUAUACAAGCCAUUUUUCGAGUCGCAGAUGAAGAACCAGGGACCUGGAAAACUCAAGCAGGAGGUACCAAAUACUCUGAAUCAACCAGAGGCCAGUAUGACCAUACCAGAGAAUCACUCCCCUGACAAAGUGCCUGAGAGUCUCAGCUUGGCAAUAACCACAGGAACUGUGUCUGAGAGCCUGGCACAACCUGUUUCAAAAGAAUAAAAUGUGUUGAUUAAUUGUUUUGUUAUUUUUUUUAACAUGAUUGUCGUCAUAUAUAAAGGUUAAAUAAAAUGCCAAUAAUA